ACUACAUCAAAAACUUAGGUGUUGGAUUUUCAACAUUCAUUUAGUCAAAGACUUCUAAAUAAUUUUGUUACAUACCUACUUCUUUCGGUUUCAAAUGGCGUUAAAUUUAAUUAAACAAACUGGAAGUAAAGCGAUUCAAAAUGCAAUGGUAUCGUCGAGAAAAGGACUGAUGACUGGAACAUUGCACUUAGCUAAAAGUGACCGAGGUUUAGAGAAAAUUUAUGAUAAAAAAGAGUCUCUUCCUUUAGAAACUAAUAUUGUCAUUGGAAAAACGUCUGACACAAGCGUCCAGAACUACAUAGAGGUCGAUAGUAAAGUUGAUUUAAGUUCCGUAACUGGUGUACCCGAAGAACACAUUAAAGAUCGUGUGGUGAAAAUUAGUAAAAUCACCAAAAAUGUUAUGCAAUCAGGCACCGACAACAUUCAUAAUUGGAUUAUGGAAUUUGAUAACAGGCAACGUUGGGAAAAUCCAUUGAUGGGUUGGACUUCAACUGGUGAUCCAUUGUCUAACAUGAAAAUUGAAUUUGGUGAGAAAGCUGAAGCUAUUAACUUUUGUGAAAAAAAUGGUUGGAAAUGGUUUGUAGAAGCAGAGCAUAAGACUAAGCCUAGAGUAAAAUCUUAUGCUAUCAACUUUUCGUGGAAUAAACGUACAAGAACUUCUACUAAGUAAAUACUUUCAUUUAUAUAAUUGUAGUGUAAUAAAAUAUAUAUCUGUAAAAAGAAAAAAUACUUAUACAUAAAAUUUUAUUAUU